UCUAUUGCGCCUUGCGGUGCUCCGAGGUCACGUGUCCUUUCCUGGGGGCGAAUGACGCACCGCGCGGCGGCCAGGUAUAUAUCGGAAGGUCACCGGCGGCGUCUUCAGUCGAUAAUCUAGUCGGUGGUCAGCAACAUGAAGCCGUUUGUGACGCUGUGCCUUCUGGCGGCGCUAGUGGCGGUGGUGACCUGCCGACCUGAACAGCAGGCAGCCGCCGAGUUUACACCGGAUGCCGACCAGCCGGUGGCCUCUGAAGCCGGAGAUUUGAAGGGUUCUGAAACUGGCAUCUUCGGUCGCCUGCUCGGGGGCCUCCUGGGUCGCGGCCGUUACGGUCGAAGACACGGAUACGGCGGUUACUUCGGGGGAUACCCGUACGGCUCGGGAUAUGGAUACGGACACCGCGGAUACGGAUACGGAUACCCUGGAUAUGGACAUGGGCUUGGAUACGGUCUUGGCAAUGGAUAUGGAUACGGAUACCCGUAUUACGGAUAAUAUUUGACAAUCUGUGUACACUGUUCAACCUCGCACUGGGAACGUGCUGCGCUGCUGUUCUGGCGUCACGUGGCGAAACCGAAUGAAUGCCUUGCGAUGGAUUUUUGCUCAAAUGUGCACGGUUCGGAUCGACUCAUUUUGAUGUGUAGACUUAGUUUUGUUCUAGUCGGGUGCUUGAAAUACAUUCAUUUUCACAAAUGUGA